AUGCACCCAUCACAGCUGCGCGCCGCUUCCAUCCGGCGCAUACCAGCGGCAAGAGCUACACUUCGACGAUGCAUCCACCAGUCGCAAUGCUUCACCACCUCCGCCAGCCAGCCCUCCGUUGAAGAGGUCAACCAGGCCCGAGCAUACUGCGCAAACCUUCUCAGACAAUAUGACGCCCCCUCCCAUGUCCUCCAAACCUUCAUUCCCCCUUCCGCCCGCGACGCCUACCUCGCCAUUCGCGCCUUCAACAUCGACGUUGCUCGAGUCGCCGAUACCACGUCCACGCCUACAAUCGGCAUGAUGCGCAUGCAAUUCUGGCGCGACACCAUCACGAAGUCUCUCGCUGGUACUCCCCCGAAAGAGCCCGUCGCCAUCCUCUUAGCAAAGGCCACUGAGGAUCUACACAGUCGCUCAGCCGGAAAGGCGAAGAUGUCGAAGGCAUGGUUUCAUAGGGUGAUCAACACGCGGGAGCAGUACCUGGGUAACCCACCAUAUCCUACGUUGGGUAGUCUGGAAAGCUACGCCGAGAACACGUAUUCCACGCUCAUGUAUUUGACGUUAUCCGCGUUGCCGCAGGCGAGUCUCACAACGGACCACAUCGCCUCACAUAUUGGAAAGGCGGUAGGGAUAGCCGCGGUGCUGCGGGGGGUUCCGUUUAUUGCGUUUCCUCCGCAACAACCACUGGGUACGAGUGGUGGAAUCACGGGCGCGCAAGGGCCUACCCAAGGCUCUGUACUGUUGCCGUUGGAUGUCAUGGCCGAGGCUGGGGUAAAGGAGGAGGAAAUUUUCAGGGAAGGGGCUGCUGCCCCGGGGCUUCGCGAUGCCGUCUUUACCGUUGCCACACGCGCGAACGACCACCUUAUCACAGCGCGGGAGAUGUUGACCAAAUUACGGUCUGAAGGGACAGUCGGACAUGAUUUCGAGCACCAAGACGACGCAGAGCGAGACUACAACUACUCGAACGAGGGCGCAGGACAAGAGAAGCAGCUAGCAGAAGUGGAGCAAGCCUUCGGCGUCUUCAUGCCGGCUAUAUCAACACAGUCAUGGCUUGACCGCCUCCAGAGAGCCGACUUCGACCUCUUCGACCCCGAAUUAAGAAAGGUGGAUUGGAAAUUGCCGUGGAAGGCAUACUGGGCGUACAGUCGGCGGAAAUUGUGA